AUGCAAUUCUCUACCGUCGCCACCGUUGCCGCCGUCUCUGCCGUCGCUGCCGCCCAAUUCAACUCCACCACCACUGCCACCGCCACCUCUUCUCAAACCACUUUGGUCACCAUCACCCACUGUGAGGACGACAAGUGUCACGAGACCGUCUCCCCAGCUUUGGUCUCCACCGCCACCGUCACCGAGAACGAGACCGUCACCAAGUACACCACCUGGUGCCCAAUCCCAACCACCGAGGCCGCUGUCCCAAAGAACACCACCGCUGCCCCAGCCCCAACCUCCCAGGCCACCGCCUCCAAGAACGGCACUUCCUCCAAGCACACCAUCUCCUCCACCUACCAGGGGGGUGUUGCCGCUAACGCUGUCCCAGCUGCCGGCGCCCUUUUGGCCGGUGCCGCUGCUUUCCUAUUGUAA